GAUCUUUUUAAAAGAUUCUGUUUUUGUUUAGCAUCAUAAAAUGUAUUCCACGAUCACAUUUUUAUUUUGUCAUGAAGGUACAAUUCCUUCUUACUGCUCAGUUUUUCUACAAUUUGAGCGGUUAUCUGUCAGCAGUACAUCUAAACAAUCUGGGGUCUUUUAUUGAAUGUCUAUAUUUAGUUAAAACAGCUUUAUUUUUUAAUCUGUUUGGACCCUGAUUUUCCUCUCACAUUUGCUUGUGUUGCUAGUUUUUAAGAUCUUAACUAAUUUGUGCUGCAGUAGCUCUUGUGAGAUCACACCUUAACUUUAUGCAACAAUGGGCCUUGUGUGCCCAUGACUCUGUUCUCUCCUGUUGAACUGACUGCUCACUGACUGUCCACCUCUUUGAUAGGUGCAAUUGGAUCGAGAUAAACAAUAUUAUUCACUCCACUUGUCAGUGGUUUUGAUGUUGUGGUCGGUUGGAACAUAUAUGAACUGUAAUAAAGCAGAAGUAUAAAUGUAGAACCUUAAAAGAAUGAGGGAGACAAUACUUUAAAUAGCAAAAAAACAGGAUGUGAAAUCAUAGUGGGAGUAAAACAGCGUGACAGUGUGUUAUUAAGAGGUAGAGUAUACAUAUAUGUAUAUAUGUAUACAUGCGUAUGUGGAUGUUGUUUUUAGAGGAGACACUGCAAAUUCCGGUUCUUCAACACUGAGCUGAUGUAUUUCUGUAGUGAGGAGGCAGGAAGAUGUUCAUCCUUUGUUUAGAAGAACUUUAUUUUCAUCCAUGGUAUCACUCUCUGUGGGCUCAUAAAGUGGAUCAGAGCAGUGUCUUUGAAGUGACCAUUUCUUUGAAAAAUGAAAAGCACAAGCACCACAAAGCUACAGUAUACCACUGCACAUCUUGCACUCUACAGAUAAUCAUAUUACAUUACAUUGAUGUAGUGUAGUGUGUCAUAUUUUGUCACCUCAUUGUUUCCUUGUAUUUAAAUAUAGCAUUACUUCCUGUGAGGAUUUUUUUCCCCCCCAAAUAAGAGGCUACACAUCAUCCGAGUUCUACACAUUACUUCUUUUUAUGUUAUCUGUGGUUGGUGAGUUGCACUGCGUCUUCGUCAGUCCUUACACACCCCCACAGGAACACCAGAGGAGUAACUGGUCAAUAAAUUACAGAGAAAUCAUCUGACAAAACAGUGUUUUCUCCAACCACUUGACCAUCGUUGUCAGAGAGGAAUGGAGGUGACAGAAAACAAUAUCAAUUCAGCAGUCGUUGACGGGAGGAAUAAUGGGGAGAGGAGAACAAUGUGCAAUUCAGGUCAGAAUAUCUCAAAUAAGCUGAAGUGCUUUUUUUCAUUAUUAUUAGUAUUAUUAUUCAGAGUUUUAACCUCCUUUGUUUCAUUGUGCAGUGUUUCAGUUUGACCUCUGAACCUGUGCAUUUUUAAUUUAGGCAACUUGUAAUGUUUCAAGGGUCAAAGUUUCACUACUAUUUUAAUGAUUUUCCUUUCAGUACUCUCACAUUAUGUUUAAAGAUGCACAAUAACAAACACGAAAAUUAUCCAAAAGUUAAAUGUAUUUGCAAUUUAGUGAGCUGAGUUCCUGUGCAUAUUCCAAAACAAACAAAAUUUUUAAAAAUGAUUUUAGGAUAUAUUUCGACAUAAGUUUAAGAGACCUCUUAAAAGAUAACUUUUUUAACCUGGGAACAAUUGCUGCAAAAUUCAGUGGGCAUUCGUCCACAUCAAUGGAAGUCCACUGCCUCAGCCGGUUAGCUUGUUUGUGUUAUUAUGUGACUGUCAAUGGUGGAAGAAGUAUUCAGAUCUUUUACAUAAGCAAAGGCACCACACAACAACACAAAUCAAUCAAGGCGAUGGUAUUCCAGCUUCUACAGCAAGUUAUUUUCACAAAGCAUGUGUGUAGAAACUGCCUAUGUUUCUUUAACAGAGAGUUAAAGGGAAAGUGCUGUGAAUCCUCAGUUUAGUUCUCAGUAGUUGUUUUUUAUAGUUGUUAGUUAGUUGUCAGAUGUGCUAAAAUGUACACUAGUAAACCACAGAGAUAGGAAUAGAUGGAUUGAGUAACCCAGUUUAAAUGAAAAACACAGUAUAACUGCAUUUUUCCUGAUGUUGAUAAUAUAAUUUUGAUGAGUGGUAUACAUGUUUUUACUUACCUAUAGGAGGAAAAAAAGUGUAUGUAUUGGUUGGAGUCAGCUUUGGCUUGCUCUGCAUCAUACACUUAAUUCUCAAUGUUAUUCUUCGACUACAGGCUGGUGAGUAUCAGCCCCCACCAUCCACAUCACACUGCAAAACCUAAUAGUGCAGAUUUCAGUAGUACACUUUCUUUUAAGCUAAUAAACCCAUUUGAAAAGAGAAAAUGUGAAUAUAUAUCUAUAUUUUCUGUUAUGUUGAUGGUGGCAAGGAAGACUAAUCAGUUUAACCAUGAAAGGUAUCCACCUUGUCCUCUUAGGAGUGCUAAUUACAGGUGCUAACAGCUCUCAGAUCAGGUUUUGCCUUAACUUACGUACUGCACAGACAUAUUGUGAGGCCAGAGAUAUACUUGUUUUUUAAUCACAUGUUUGCGUAGACAACUGUGAGGGCUGUGAACGUGAUGUGCAUGUUGCUGGAGAACACCACUAGAGGGCACACCAGAGAGCUCAGGCUUUCCAGAUUUGAUACCACCACACUUGAAUGAUGUAAUCAAUAAACAUGUCUGCAUUCAAGGAGGUUACUAUUUUGUUAAUUCUAAGAUCACUGCAAAAAAGCAACAGUGGCACCAUAGUACCUGGUAUAUAAGGCUAAAUCUAAUCAAAUAUGUGUAUUUCCCAAAACAUUGAACUAGGCCUUUAAGCAUGAAACAUCAGAAACCACAACAUCUGUUCCCCUCUCUAGUUGGAUUUUGUGAUAGGUCUGACGAUAUCUCAACUAUUUCACCCUGAUGUCAGCUAAUGACAUCAGAGCCCUGAUUUUAGAGAGAGACCAACUGCUUCAAGUUGUAGACCAACUGAAUCGAGAUAAAGACCUGCUGGUUAGUGAGAAAAACCAACUUCUUCAAGAGAGAAAACAACUUCUUCAAGAUAAAGACCAAUUGAUUCAAGAGAAACAACAACUUCUUCAAGACAAAGAAAAACUGGUUCAAGAAAAGGAACAACUUCUUCAAGAAAAGCAACAACUUCUUCAAGAUAAAGACAAAUUAAAUCGAGAGAAACAGCAACUUCUUCAAGAUAAUGACCAACUGAAUCGAGAGAAACAAAAACUUCUUCAAGAGAAAAAACAACUUCUUCAAGAUAAAGACAAACUGAAUCAAGAUAAAGACCUGCUGGUUAGAGAGAAAAACCAACUUCUUCAAGAGAGAAAACAACUUCUUCAAGAUAAAGACCAAUUGAUUCAAGAGAAACAACAACUUCUUCAAGACAAAGAAAAACUGGUUCAAGAAAAGGAACAACUUCUUCAAGAGAAAAAACAACUUCUUCAAGAUAAAGACAAACUGAAUCGAGAGAAACAGCAACUUCUUCAAGAUAACGACCAACUGAAUCGAGAGAAACAAAAACUUCUUCAAGAGAAAAAACAACUUCUUCAAGAGAAUCAACAACUUCUUCAAGAUAAAAUCCAACUGAAUCAAGAGAAACAACAACUUCUUCAAGACAAAGACAAACUGGUUCAAGAAAAGGAACAACUUCUUCAAGAGAAAAAACAACUUCUUCAAGAUAAAGACAAACUGAAUCGAGAUAAAGACCUGCUGGUUAGAGAGAAAAACCAACUUCUUCAAGAGAGAAAACAACUUCUUCAAGAUAAAGACCAAUUGAUUCAAGAGAAACAACAACUUCUUCAAGACAAAGAAAAACUGGUUCAAGAAAAGGAACAACUUCUUCAAGAGAAAAAACAACUUCUUCAAGAUAAAGACAAACUGAAUCGAGAUAAAGACCUGCUGGUUAGAGAGAAAAACCAACUUCUUCAAGAGAGAAAACAACUUCUUCAAGAUAAAGACCAAUUGAUUCAAGAGAAACAACAACUUCUUCAAGACAAAGAAAAACUGGUUCAAGAAAAGGAACAACUUCUUCAAGAGAAAAAACAACUUCUUCAAGAUAAAGACAAACUGAAUCGAGAGAAACAGCAACUUCUUCAAGAUAACGACCAACUGAAUCGAGAGAAACAAAAACUUCUUCAAGAGAAAAAACAACUUCUUCAAGAGAAUCAACAACUUCUUCAAGAUAAAAUCCAACUGAAUCAAGAGAAACAACAACUUCUUCAAGACAAAGACAAACUGGUUCAAGAAAAGGAACAACUUCUUCAAGAGAAAAAACAACUUCUUCAAGAUAAAAAACAGCUGAAUCAAGAUAAACGCAAACUUCUUCAAGAGAAAAAACAACUUCUUCAAGAUAAAGACCAACUGAAUCGAGAGAAACAACAACUUCUUCAGGAGAAAAAACAACUUCUUCAAGAAAAGCAACAACUUCUUCAAGAUAACAACCAACUGAAUCAAGAGAAACAACAACUUCUUCAAGAUAACCACCAACUGGUUCAAGAGAAACAACAGCUUCUUCAAGAGACAAAACAACUGGCAAGGGAAAACACAGAGCUACAAGUCAUUAACAGGCAACUGACUGAGGACAAGAAUAUGUUAAAUGAAAAGGUAAUCGAACAACAACAUCAGAUAGAGGAACUCCAGAAAAAAUUAAUGGCAAUAGAAAACACCCCAAGAUGUCCCCAGGGAUGGUGGUCAUACCAAUCCAGGCUGUUACCAGCUUUCCCAUGAAAGAAGCACCUGGGAUUAUGCCAGACAAGACUGUGAGAGCAAAAGAGCUCAUUUGGUGAUUUUCAAUAAUGACAUGGAAGAGAAAGUUGUCCGCAUUGUUGGAAGUGCUGUCUCAUUUUGGAUUGGCCUGAGUGUAAGUGCAGACUCAUCAACAUGGACAUGGGUGGAUGGACGCCCACAGAAUACAUGUAACUGGGGUUAUCAGCCUUACUAUUGGAGAGCUUAUCCUUGCAGUUGUGCGUAUGUUGACCAAAGUAUUAGCUGCUUGAGGACCUGGUUCCAGGGACAACUGUCAACAAUACCACCAUUGGAUUUGUGAGAUGGAGCAGUCCGUUACCUCAUCUCAGUAAGGCUUGCAUAACAAAUGUCUGUAAAUAUAUGUACCUUCAUUGUUGAUUUCAAUGACUUCAUGAUUGUCUAAAACUUUUUUUAUCCAAAAUCCUUAAAUUGACAUGAUGUCAGUGUGGUUUCCUUGUAAUUUGAGACUACACAUUGAGCAAUGCAUCAUCCAAAAGGCUUGUACAAAUGUAAACCUCAGAGGACUUUUUUUUCUUUGUGUGAACUGGCCAAAAGUAGAAAAAACAAAAGCUUGCCUUAAAUGUGUUUAUGUUACUACUUUUUAAGUUGUAUUUAGAGACAUUUAUUAUUAAAUGUAUUAUAUUUAAUUUAAUGUGUUUAUGAUAGUUAUUCAAGGCAUCUUCAGUGCCCAAUCUUUAGGAGAGAAUACCACUGAAUUGCAGUAUUCCAAUUUAGUCCAGUUCCAAAUGUUUGACGCAUGAAACAAAUUAAUAAAUAAAUAAAAGUAAAAUUGAACAAAAGCCUUCAUUUAUACAUGACUGUGCAAAUAAUGAAUUGUACCAACUGCCGACGACCACUAGAGGGUGUUAUUUUAUUUUAUUUUUUUUUGUCCCUUGUACCCUACUCUUCACGUCAUUUAUCAUAAUGAUGAAAGGAAUUUAGAAAUGCUUCACAACAAGCUGCCUGUUUACUGUAUACUGUGCAUUUCAUGUAUCUUAUCUAAGUAUAUUCCUUAAGAGUUCCACUUCUGUGGCAACACGGCAAUAAAGUUGCCUAUGAACUUGAUUGUGUUUUUUAUCUUAAACUUAAGCUUUACCCCUUCUCUGUGCCUCUCAGGAGAUUUUAGCUCAGCAACAUCUGUUUCCACCAAUUACAGAGCAAAAUGUCCUGUGUACAAUAUUGUUGUCAGUCUGAUCAUUGUAUUAUGUGAUAUAUUAAUUGUAGCAGAUGUGGGUAAAGCA